UGCAGAUGCUCUAAGCUUUUACCCAAAACUUAUCUUUACUUUCUCGCGGUUUCUCUUAACCGAAAGUCUGUGUUUACCAAAAAGAACCUCAUCAAGAAAGGUAAAAGAAACAUGAAAACUAACGAUCAUAUUCCCUCGAGCUUAGUCUUCAUAUUUUCACUUCUUUACUUCCCCUACUUAGCCAUAUCCGAAACGCCGUGUCCGUACCCGUGUUAUCCGCCGCCCAUUGGCGGUGGUUCCACCACGAAUCAACCACCACCAUAUCCUCCUCCAGCUGAAAAUUUACCAAAUUACCCUUCACCACCGUACGUUGGUGAAGGCGGAGGCGGUGAUAGCAGUAUCUAUGGUCCUCCACCGCCGGAUGCUAUCUUGCCUUACUUCCCCUACUACUUUAGAAAACCUCCUCACCAGACGGAUCAAACGUCCUCGUCUCCACUUGUAGCGGUUUCAGGAAAAUUGACGGUGAGGAUCAUAGCCAUUGGAAAUCUUGUGGUAUCUGGAGUUCUCUGUAAUAUUUGGUAAUCAAGUUAAUUACUAAGUAACUAUUGUGGAAACCUUUAUAUGUUUAUAAAAAUAUAUUGUAAUAUA